UUUAGAAGACUUUGAAACUGCGGACACCCUUUUCUAAACAAUUGAAACGUGCGGAGGGGUGGAGUAACAAAAUCCUCCCUCUGUCUCUUACUCGCUCCCCGUCUCCUCCGCUGUUGACGACGAUCUUCCAUUGACUUUUAAAGCAAUGAAAAAAAAAAACUAAAACCACUAAUUCGAAUCUCCUGCCUCAGGAGCUCGCAUGGUUUCGCCGCCCAAAGUAAUUUUGCCUCGCUUUCUCGCACUUGCUCUUUCUUCUUAUUUUGCCCGCUAAGUUCCCGAUCUACCUUGUCAGGGAAAAGAAAAAUAACUGCCUGAACCGGUGAAUUUUGGAAAAGAAAUAUUUAGAUCUAAAUCUUCCAGCAUGUCGAAAUCGCUUCCUUAUUCUAUGAAAGAUGUUCACUACGAUAACGCCAAGUUUCGUCACCGAUCUCUUUUCAAGGUGAUCACUCAAACCCUACUUACUAGUAAUAUGAGGCGUGAAUGCUUAAGUUGUAGUACAGGGAAGUUUUUAGGUUUAUUAAUGAUCUUUGGCUUAGCAUGUCUUAUGUUGACUCAUACAAAUAAAGCACAUUCUGUUUCUGAUGGACUAGCAAAAGGUAUUGGGACAAAUGAAGAACAUGAGGAAGUUACUGAUGUUGGCAUCAGGUUUAAAAAACUUUUCCGAAGAGCACCCCGCCUUCCUCCUCGAUUAUCGCCAGAUGAAAAAAUCAUUCAUCGUAAUUUUACCGGUAAAUUAAAUGAGCCUAAUGUUGAAGAACAAUGGAAAGCUAGACAACAAAAUGUAAAGGAUGCUUUCACCCAUGCAUGGUCUGGCUAUAAGAAGUUUGCAAUGGGUUAUGAUGAGCUGAUGCCAGUGAGCCGGCUUGGAGUUGAUGGGCUCGGAGGUCUAGGUGCUACAGUUGUAGAUGCUCUUGAUACUGCCAUGAUCAUGGGUCUAGAUGAAGUUGUUUCUGAAGCGGGCUCAUGGAUUGAGUCGCACCUUUUAGAUAGGAUUAGACAGAAAGGGCAAGUUAAUUUAUUUGAAACCACAAUACGGGUUUUGGGUGGUCUAUUGAGUGCAUAUCAUUUGAGUGGGGGGGAACAAGGCAUGACCUUAGCACAGAAGGGGCCAAAACCUACUAUUUAUCUAGACAUUGCAAAAAACUUGGCUGAUCGUCUGCUAUCUGCUUUUACUUCCAGUCCAACCGCCAUCCCGUUCAGUGAUGUUGUGCUACGCGAUUCCUCAGCUCAUUCAGCUCCUGAUGGACUGAGUAGUACUUCUGAAGUUUCCACUUUACAGCUUGAAUUCAAUUACCUCAGUGCAAUUUCUGGUGAUCCAAAGUAUAGAACUGAAGGGAUGAAGGUUUUGGCGCAUUUGAAAACUCUUCCCAAGACAGAAGGACUAGUUCCUAUCUACAUCAGCCCUCAUUCUGGUGAAUUUAGUGGAGAAAAUAUUAGACUUGGAUCUCGAGGUGAUAGUUAUUAUGAGUACCUAAUCAAAGUGUGGCUUCAGCUACGGGAUACUCAGGAUGGUAACUUCACUUAUCUUCAUGACAUGUAUGAGGAAGCAAUGAGGGGAGUUAAACACAUGCUUGUUCAGAAAUCAAUACCAAGUGAAUUGGUUUUUGUGGGGGAAUUACCUGUUGGACCCAAGGGUUACUUGAGUCCAAAAAUGGAUCACCUGGUAUGUUUUUUGCCUGGUACUCUUGCGCUUGGUGCCACGAAAGGCCUCACAAAAGAGAAAGCAAUGAAAGACAACCUUCUUACAUUUGAAGACCUGGAAAACCUGAAACUUGCAGAAGAUUUAACCAAGACAUGUUUUGAGAUGUAUUCAGUAACUUCCACCGGUCUGGCUCCUGAAAUUGCAUACUUCCGUACUAAGGAUUAUUUUGAGAGUGGUCUUGAUGGCGGAAAUAAGAGUUCAGAAUAUGUAAAUGACAUAAUAAUCAAACAUGCAGACCGUCACAAUCUAUUGCGUCCAGAAACUGUUGAAUCCUUGUUCGUAUUAUAUCGAAUCACUCAGGAUCCAAAAUAUCGAGAAUGGGGUUGGCAUAUCUUUGAGUCAUUUGAGAAAUACACAAAGGUAGAAUCCGGCGGAUACUCUUCUUUAGAUGAUGUCACCACAGUUCCUCCUCCAAAAAGAGACAAGAUGGAGACAUUUUUCCUGGGUGAAACAUUGAAAUAUUUGUACUUGCUCUUCGGAGAUAGCUCUGUUAUACCACUUGAUAAAUUUGCUUUUAACACGGAGGCUCAUCCUUUACCAAUCAAAAGCUCUUAAGAGAAAGGCAAUAAUGUGAAGGGUAGCGCGUAAAAGCUUAACACCUGUUGGCCUGGGCACAGUUUCUACUGGUUUUUGACAUGGUUUAGUUGUUUAUAUUGUUAUGAAGGCUGCCUAUCCCUAGUUGGCCGGGAUCCCCACUUUAUCUAAGCGGUGGCUUGACUUUAUAUGCCUUCAACACAUCAACGAAAUUGAUCUGCAAUUAGACGCCUACAAAAACCAAAGUUAUUUACUUGGCCCACCUAAUCAUCACAGGCUUGUAAUAUUUGUUACGAUAGGCAACUUUUUUCAGGUUAUGUAAGGAUGGGGUUUUGCCCACCAGAAUUCGAGUGAAAUAUGGCCAUAUGUAAUUGACUUCUGUGAUUAACAUUUAAUUGCAAUUUGUGGUCCCAAA